AUGCCAACGAAGGAUAAAUUAAAAAUGAAACAAUUUGAAGAAAACCAGCAUAUUGAUGAUGAAGAAUAUGAAUAUGUUACAAUACCACCUGAUGGAGGUUAUGGUUGGAUUAUUGCUUUGGCAGCAAUGCUUUGUAAUCUUGUUUGUGAUGGUACAUUGUUUGCUUUCGGUACAAUGAAAUUUCAUCUGCAAAAACAUUUCGAAUGUUCUGAUAUGCUUAUUCUUAUGGUUGGAUCUGUUCCGUGUGGUGUUUAUUUAUUAGUUGGUCCAAUAGUAUCAGGUCUAGCUAAUAGAUAUGGCUGUCGACCAAUUAUUAUUAUUGGAAGUAUUGGUGCAGCAACUUGUAUGGGAUUAUCAACUCUAUCACCAAAUGUUUGGGCAAUGAUGAUUAUUUAUGGUGUAUUUGGUGGUAUAUUUUUUGGCAUGGUUUAUCUUCCAUCAGUUGUAAUGGUUUCAUUUUAUUUUGAUGAAAAACGAGCUAUUGCUAAUGGUAUAAUAUCUACUAUUCAAUACUGUACUGUUAAUUAUGUAUUAUUUAUUUUAGGUUUAGUAACAGCUGGUACUGGUAUCGGCGCUUUAACAUUUGGUCCAUUAGCUCAUUAUUUAAUGGGAAAAUUAGGUUGGAGAACAGGUAUGCUUAUAUUUGCUGGCAUAAUGUUAACAUGUAUUCUAUUCGGAGCAAUAAUGAAACCAUUGAAACCACGAAGAAUACCUAUCCAACGAGGUGAACUACAAUUCCAACGUUUAGUACAGAUUAAAUCCGAUCGUUUAACACCAUCAUCUGCUUAUACAGCAACAUCAAGUGAUAUAAAUUCGCCAUUAACUUCAGCACAUGAUAAUGCAACACAUACGAAGCAUUCAACUACUAUACCUAAUGUUGAUGAUUCUGAUGUUUUAUAUGUUCCUGUACCAUCUUUAAAUUCUCGUAAUCGUACAUUAUCAGCAUCAAGUCGAACAUCAUCGAAUGCAAGUGCUAGCCAUCGUUUUGGUGUUCUUAAUCCAGAGAAUGCAGUUCGACCGUUAUAUAAAAAAGAUGCACUAUUUACUGGAUCAAAACAACAACUUCAUACAUCACAUAGAUCAUUACAUAGUAAUCCAUAUAUGUCAUCGAUAGCAAAUAUUCCUGCAGUAACAAAUGAAAUAAAGAAAAAACCAUCAGCAUUUCAAGCAUUUGCUGAUAUUCUUUCAGCAAUGACUGAUUUUUCAAUAUUAAAAAAUAAGAAAAUGUUAUUAAUUUGUAUUGGAAAUAUAUUUUCUAUGCUUGGAUAUUAUUUACCAAUAAUGUGUCUUGUUUCAUUUGCAACUGAAGAUCUUAAAGUUAAUCAAACGCAUGCUUCAUUUUUAUUAACAAUAUUUGGUUUUUUCAAUACAUUAGGUCGAUUUUCUGGAGGACCCAUUUCAAUGAUUCCACAUUUCAGUGCUUUACGUGUUCAUAAUGCACUUUUAUAUACAGCCGGUGUUUUAACUGUUUUAGCUGCUUAUGCAUAUAACCUUACAACAUGUGCUAUAUAUGCUGGUUUAUGUGGUUUUGCCAUUGCACCUCAUAUGUCACUUUUACCAAGUAUAAUAUGUGAUUGUGUUGGUCUUGAUCGAUAUACAACAGCUUUUGGUAUUCUAUUUCUCUUUCGUGGUUUUACAUCAAUGAUUGGACCACCUGCUGCAGGUUUUCUUAAAGAUCACACUAAAAAUUAUAAAUCAGCAUUUGUUGUUGGUGGAACAAUGAUCAUAAUUGCGGCUUUCUUUCAUGUUGCUUUAUCAUGUGUUGAAUCCGAACGUUUAGAAGAAAACGAAGAAGGCGAAGGCGAAGGCGAAGAAAUUGUUUAA